UCAUCUCAAAGACUCGUUCAAAUGAAUGGAAAUUGUUCGUGGGAAGACAUGCCUUCGAGUUCAUCUUAUGUCGAUAUUUCGAAUAAAAAUACGGAUCAAAUGGAUUCUCAUAAUAGAUAUGAAAAUGUGAUGGAAAAUAAAAGAACCGAGGAAAGUAAAUCUAUUAUUAGUACAAGUGAUUUAGUUGCCUUUGCUUUUCAAGUGGCCAAAGGAAUGAAUUAUCUUCAACAGAAAAAAUUGAUUCAUCGGGACUUAGCUGCUCGAAAUAUUCUUGUUGCUGAACAGAAGAUUGUCAAAAUAUGUGACUUCGGUCUAGCCAGAGACAUUCAACAUGAAUAUAAUUACAAAACUAAAAGCUCAACUCGAUUACCCAUUAAAUGGAUGGCAAUUGAUCAAAUAUUUACAUCAAAAUCAGAUUUUUGGUCCUUCGGUGUUUUACUUUGGGAGAUCUUUUCUUUGGGUACAACUCCUUAUCCAGGAAUCGAUUUUGAUCAGAAGUUAUUAUAUAUGCACAAUCACUUCAUGGCUAUCGAAUGGAUCGACCGGAUAAAUGUCCUUUGGAUAUUUAUUAUAUUAUGACAGAUUGUUGGAAAUCAGAACCAAUUGAAAGACCUGAUUUUGGACAAUCGGUUGAUAAACUGAGCAAAAUGAUGGAUGAAACGAUUGUUAAUUAUUAUUCAGUUCUAAAUAGUCUUUAUG